CUCCGAUACAACCAACCACGGCGUCCUUACAGCGCUCGCCGCUUUCCUCAGAGGUGAUACCUCAUAAACCACAGCAUCGACAGCGCGACGAUCGUGUGAUUCCGUGCGACCUAGUGUGGCGAGUUCACGGACUUUCGGCCCAACAUGGACGCACAGACGUUCGCUUGCAUUCCGCUGCUGGCAGUAAUAGAUGGAGAACGUGCUGCAAGUGGACCCACCGAAAGUCAUCGAAGCCGAUCCGGGCCAUAGUUUCAAGCGGCAGGAGCCACGACGAUCCUGCCUAGUAUUCAAGGAGGCAGCGAGAUGACUACCGCGAUAGCUAAAGAAAUCGACAUCAUGGAGUCUGGAAACACCAACGCAACUAAAGCGGCCUGGCGAUGUUGCGUCUUUCGUGCUGGAGGUCAGUGUUGGUCAUGGUGUCCACAGCAAACGAAUACGUGCCCCGAGUUGACGCACCUGGAACAACGGCAUUGUUCCUGGGCAACGUGGACCUCCUCUUGGCGCAAACUCUCGACCGAGCCAUCCGUCCGCCCUUGGUCGUCCCUCGUUUCUCGAUGUUUGGAUCCACCGAAGAGCGCUCGGCAUACACGUGCUGCCACAUCCUUAGAGUCUGUCGAGGAUUGCUCGUGUUGCCAAGCAGGGCGUUCGUGAUGUCGAUUCUUCAAUCCCUGCUGCUUGUCUCGAAAUGCGUUGACAUCUUGGGUGGACGCUCUACGAAGGUAUCGGCGCAGUUCGUUUGGCUUAUAUAUUGGCGAAGCCCAUCGAAGCCGUCCCGGCUAACGUUGGGCACGACACCGAUUCCGCUAGAAUCGGCGAAUCUGGACGAGAAUUCACGCUCAAACAGAUGUUCCGUGAAGCCAUUAUACGUACCAGCGACCUCCUGCGCUGGGGCAGCCUGUGUUCUGUACGGUCGUCGCAAAAGCGUCAAGUCUAGGGAUCGACUCAUGUAGAUGUCGAUAUGUGCUGGAAUCGUGGUCGAGUCGGCGCUCAGCAGACAGCGUUUUGUGAGUUGGUGCCCUUGGUUUAUGUGGUCUAUAGCCAGCGAACGCCGCGUGAAGGACAUGUCUGCUACUCAAACGACAAAGAGAUACGUCGCGCUGGAGCGCCUCGGCAAAACCGACCGGCCAACGCGAGUGAACAACUGCGCCGGACGUUUGCUGAUAUGACCCCAAUCCAUCCGUCCGAGCUGGUACUUCGCCCUUGAAAAACAGGCCGCUGCGAAGGCACUUCGAGAGGCGCGCGUGGUGAUGCGUUUAUCUCUUACGACGGUGAUUGACCCAGGCAUUCAACGU